AUGCUCGGAGAACUAGCCAUGUACUUCACAUGUACACGAAAAUAUUUAAAGGCAACUGGGAACGAGGAAACUGACCAACCACCUGUGCAGUCAAAUUGGGCAGGUACACGCAUAUAUCUAAAGCCAACUGUGAAUGGGGAAACUGGCCAACCACCUGUGCAGUCAUAUCGGGCAGGUGGCUGCGGAAAUCAUUCUCGAAGAACUAGGCAACUAGGAACGAGGGAAACUGGUCAACCACCUGUGCAGUCCAAUCAGGCAGGUGACUGGGAAAUCACUGUCGGACACCUGCGUACAAAGUAUAGGUACACGCAAAUAUCUAGAGGCAAAUGGAAAUGGGGAAACUGGCAAACCACCCAUGCAGUCAAAUCGGGCAGAUGCACGCAAAUAUCUAAAGGCAACUGGGAACGGGGAAAAUGGCCAACCACUUUUGCAGUCAAAUCGUGGAGGUGGCUUGGGAAAAUCAUUGGCGGACAAUUGUGUACUAAGUAUAGGUACACGCAAAUAUCUAAAGCCAACUAUGGACAGGGAAAUUGGCCAACCACCUGUGUAGUCAUAUCGGGCAGGUGGCUGGGGAAAUCAUGGUUGGAAAAUUGUAUACUAAGUACAGGAACACGCAAAUAUCUAAAGCUGACUGUGAACGGGGAAACUGGCCAACCACUUGUGUCGUCAUAUCGAGCAAGUGGUUGGGGAAAUCAUGCUAGGAGAACUAGCUGUGUAUUGCACAUGUACACGAAAAUAUUUAAAGGAAACUUGGAACGGGUAAACUGGCGAACCACCUUUGCAGUCAAAUCGGGCAGAUGGUCAGGGAAAUCUUUGCCAGACACUUGUGUACAAAGUACAGGUGCAUGCAAAUAUAUAAAACCGACUGUGAACGGAGAAAUUGGCGAACCACCUGUGCAAUCAUCUCGGGCAAGUGGCUGGUGA